GGCUCCAACCGGCACCGCCUACCCUGCACCAUGGGACCCGUCCUGGCGCUGCUCCUGGCCCAGCUCCUCCCCGCGCUGGGUGAGAGAAGAAGGGAGAGGCUUGGUGGAGAGCCAGGCCUCUAAGGUUCUCAACAAACAUUUCUGCAAAUCAUGGUUCCAUGGUCAAUGCCAUCAUAUCAAAAUGGAAAUCAGAAUCAGGUGUCCUAUGUUAUUACAAUAGAAGAGAAGUCAUAUACCCUUCUCCUGAAGCAACAAGUUUUUUUACCCAAUAAUUUCAGGGUGUAUACUUACAGCCAAGAGGGGUCUGUUCAUUCUAAUUUCCCACAUAUUAAGCGUGAUUGUUUCUACAAAGGAUAUAUUGCAGGUUUUCCAAAUUCAGUUGUGACACUCAGCACCUGUUCUGGACUUAGAGGGAUACUGCAGUUAAAGAAUGUCAGCUAUGGAAUUGAACCUUUGGACUCUACACCUGGAUUUCAGCAUCUAGUUUAUCAAAUAUGGAAUGAAAACAUAGAGAGUCUGCUUUUUGUAGAAAACGAUUCUGUUAUAUGGAGUGAAGGGAUGACACGAAAGCUGGAUACAGGAAUAAAAGCAAAACAGAAUUUCGUCAGAUACUCCAGAUAUUUGGAAAUGCAUGUGAUUUUGGACAAGGCUCUGUAUGACUAUAUGGGUUCAGAUAAGGAUGUUGUAACGGAGAAAAUAGUCCAACUUAUUGGCUUUGUCAACAGUAUGUUUACCCCUCUUAAUAUGACAAUUGUGCUGUCUUCAUUGGAAUUCUGGGCAGAUAGUAACAAAAUUCCUACAACAGGGGAAGCUGAUGAAUUAUUACGAAGGUUUUUACAGUGGAAAAAUAUCCAUCUUAUUCUACGGCCACAUGACAUAGCAUAUUUAUUUGUUUACAGGGACCAACCAAAUUAUGUAGGGGCAUCUUUUGCAGGAAAGCUGUGUGUGAGAAACUAUUCUGGAGGGGUUGCUCUGUAUCAAAGAACAAUAACACUGGAGACAUUUUCAGUCAUCAUUGCACAGCUGCUCGGGCUUAGUCUGGGAAUAGCAUAUGACGAUUCUAGGGACUGUCAGUGUUCAGGAUACACCUGCAUAAUGCACACCAAAGCAGUACAUUCCGGUGGGACAAAGGCCUUUAGCAACUGCAGUAUAGGAGACUUUCAAAGUUUCAUUGCAAAGGGAGAAGGAGAAUGCCUUUUGAACAAACCGUAUUUGAAUGCAUCUUAUAGAGCUCCUGUCUGUGGCAACAAAAUAGUGGAGGAAGGAGAGGACUGUGACUGUGGCACAAAAAAGGACUGUCUAUGGGAUCAGUGUUGCCAACACACCUGUAAAUUUAGACGAGACAUCAAAUGUAUCAGUGGAGAUUGUUGUUGGAAAUGUAGGUUUGUGCGAAAUGGUACAUUAUGUAGAAGCACUAGUGAAGAUGAUUGUGAUCUAAUAGAGUACUGCAAUGGUUCCUCUGCACACUGUACACCUGACUUCUGGGUCAUGGAUGGGCACCCAUGCAACCGUAAUACAGCCUAUUGUUUCAAAGGAGUGUGCCAAACUGCUGAUAAACAGUGUAAAAAACUCUUUGGUAAAGCUUCAAAAAGUGGCUCUCUCGCAUGUUAUGAAGAAAUUAAUGGUCAAAAGGAUAGGAUGGGACACUGCGGCUCCACUCGGGCAGGUUACCAGACUUGCGAAUGGAAGGAUCUCCAAUGUGGGAAGUUAGUUUGUCAAUAUCCGAGUAAUAGACCAUUCAUUAAGGAAAAGGCUGCUGUCAUUUAUGCUAGGGUGCAGAAUUCCUUAUGCAUAACUUUAGAUUAUAUGAAGGGGCUCCAAGUGAAGGAUCCAAUGUUGGUGAAGGAUGGUACUCUCUGUGGUAAGCAAAAGAUUUGUAUGAACCAGAAAUGUGUAGAUGCUGCUGUCCUGAAAUACAAAUGUGAUGUAAAGAAAAAAUGCAAUGACCAUGGAGUGUGCAACAACAGAGGAAAUUGUCACUGUAGGUCUGGCUGGCUGCCACCAGAUUGCAAAAUUUCAUCAAAAGGAUAUGGAGGGAGUAUUGACAGUACUUUCAAAAGUGAUGCAAUCAUUGACAGACUUCACCGGAACACUUUGAAGAACUGGCUUCUGCUAAGUUUCUGUCUCUUUCUGCCUGUCCUUGUUUGUUCUAUCAUCAUGAUUAUAAAACGAAAUGAAUUGAAUAGAUGCUGCACUAAGGAAGAAUCACAAGUUGAUGAAUUACAAGACAUGGAUCAGUCAGAAAAUCCAAGUGUAUAGCCAAUAACACCAGAAGGCUGGAAAUAAUAUAAGCAGUCAGUUUAAAGCAGAUGGCAAAGUACUUCCAGCAUGGAACCUCUGAAUGGACAGUGCAAUAUAUAACCAGCUUUUAAUUUGGAGUUGUUUUUUUAAUUAUUCGGGUUAACUAUUUCCAUCCCCCCAUAAAGAUUGAGUGGUUUUUUUUUAAGGAAAAAAAAAGUAAUAGUACUGUAAAGCAAAGACUGAACUUAAAUUUGUUGUAUAUGUACAUUUUCCUGUACAUAUCUACUAAACAUAUUUAAUGAUUUAUAUCUAGUGUUAUAAAUUCAUGCCAGUCAUAGGGCUUGAAAAUUGCACUUUCCCAUUUGCUAAUGAUGAGUUAGAAGCUUUUGGGGGUGAGAGUUACUUCACUUUCUGGAGAAUUCAAGCUUUCAUUUGAGGGUGGGAUGUUUCUAGUCCUUAACAGUUGCAAAGACAGCCUGACAGAUAUAAUCAGCAUAGUGCUGCCUGAGUCUGUCUCUAGACAGCCUGAAACAAUAGCUUGGUGUUAGGGGUUUGAACUCCCACAAUCAUCUCAAAGGGGUGUUCAAUUAACUGUUCUCUCAUAAACCACUGAAAGAGAAAACCCCACAAGGUGAGGAUUCGGAAGACACCACAAGCACUGGCCAUCAGAGCUGGCGAGCAUUUGGGGAGAGUAUGCUGCAUCCUCCUUAGGGAAUGUAGCAGUAGGAGUUCCCCGUGAGAACUCCAUUCUGCCUAACACAAGCUAGUGCCUAGAAGGCAUUUAUAAGCCCUUAGGAAUUCCUGUAGUUUAAAUAAUUUAGUUAAAAGAUAGUAAUUUGAUUUCUCAUAAUAAUUGCUCUAGACUUGAAUAGUUUUUUGACCUGACUUCAUUAUAUUUUUUCUGUGGGCUAUUGCAAUGAAAAUUGGGAAUAUUUUCUCUUCCAGCACCUCAACUGUGAACUCUAAUGGAUUCUCAAUUUACCUAGGAAAUGUUUGUAACCUUUCAAUUUUCUUUUGGAGGAGUCUUCUCCUUAUGUAAUUCUGAAUUGGAUGUUAAUUAAUUACAAAAUAAAGGAA